CAUGCCUGCAACUGAAGGCGACCUUGGCGACCUGCACAGCCCAGACACCAAACCGUACGUACGCGCGUGCAACCAGAAAUGUUUGAGAAAAGAAGCACCCAACGCCCCAGCCAUGCAGCGCGAGCCCGCGAUUGGCUAGUGCCCCGCGGCCGGGCUCUUCUCUCCGGCCGCGGUUCCUCCCCGAAUCCGUUUCCCCCUCCCUGAUCCGACGAGGUUAUCACGCCGGAGUUCUUCCGCUCCGCACCCGCUCCCGCCGAUCGACGGUUCUGCUUCGUCCCGUUUCUGAACAAGCCAAGGGGAUUCGAUCGUCUCGUACGAAUUCAGAGACGCUCGUUUUGGACGACGGUGCAAUAGAGCGGAGUGGUCCAGCAGCUAUAAUUUGGCGUGCAUUGACUUGGGAUUGAUCCGUACGUGUGGGGGGCGACCGAUGGCGUCGUCCUCCUCCUCUCUGUCAUCGGCGCUGAGCUCGAUGGAGCAGAUGCUGGACGCGCUCAGGCAGAGAGGGAUCGGCAAGCCCGACGACAAGCCCAAGGAGGAGGAGCCGCCGGCGCUGCCCACGCGCCCCACCGUCAGGGGCCGGCCUCCUUCCAUCCACAGGCCCGCCUCCAGCGCGCCGUGGAGUCAACAACGCCCACCGCUGGCCCUGCUCCCCCCACCGCCGGAAGAUGAAGAAGCGAGGGAGGCGGAGAGGCGUGCGGUGGAGCUGGAGCUGGAGAGAAGGGCUGUGCGGGCGGAGGAGGAGGCGAAGCAGAAAGACGACGACGUGAGGCUCAAGGAGGAGGAGAUCGCCGUGCUGAGGCAGCAGGUGGAGCUCUACGAGGCCCGGCUCGCCGAGUGGGAAGCCAAGAUGAAGGCCGUGGAGGAGGAGCUUCAGAGACAGACCGCCGCGCUGCAGAUGUCUCAGGCUGCUGCUGCUGCGGCGGCGGCCAGAGCAGCACUCGGUUCCACGAGCCACCGCCGGGAGCCAACCUUAUCCGACGGCGUCGCGCAGGCGGAACAAGCUCCGGUGCCCACGAGGGCGGAGGAAGCGUCCGUGAAGCGGGGCGAGAGCCUGUUUCGAGGAGCGUCCGUGAAGCCCCAGCAGCAGCAGCAGCCCGCCCUCGCCGUCGCCCCCGCCGUCCUUAGCUCGAAGCCGAGCCACGCGGAGCACCACCUCGCGACCGAGUUCGCGCGGGAGACCCAGGCGUUCGAGCACGCCGCGAGGGCGGUGGCCGAGGUGAAGCCGGGCACCAUGUCCGUCGACGAGCUCAAGAUGCUGAGGCGGCAGUUCGCCGCCUGGAAGAAGGAGUACGAAGCGCGGCUGCACAAGACAAACGCGGAGCUUAAGAAGCGCAUCCACUCGGAGAAGAGCCACGACCAGCAGGCUGCCCACUGCGGCCGGCGCCGGUGGUGCGGCUGGUGGAGGACGAUCAAGGCGCCGAAGUUCAGGGCCCCCAAGAGGUACAGAUAG